AUGGAAAGGUUUCGUGGUCUUCGCAUUGACACGGCUCCAACUCCCGAGCAGCCACAGCCACAGCCGCAGCAACAGCAUAGCUUCGUCAGGCCAGUUUAUGCGACCUCAGGUUACACUGGUGCAUCGGGUUACCCUAAUUCGUCCGGAGGGAACGCUUCGUCUGGUUACCCCAUCACGUCCGGUUUUCAGGGAACCAGUUAUGGUGCUCCGAAUAACGGUGGUUACACGGCCGGUUACCGUGGCCCGUACGGCACGUCGGCUGUCCCUGGCACAGCCGGUUACAUCUCCCCGUACGGUUACAACUCCGGUUCAUCUGCCUCCAACGCGUCGUACGGACCCCCGUACCGCGGACCGUCCCCGGGGGGGCCGCCCGCCUCUUCUUCCGCCGCUCCCGCAGCUGCACCUCCUUCCGCUUUUGUUUCCGCCAUUGGCGCAACCCGGGGGGUGGGGGGCGGAGCAGCCGUCCCCGCGAGCGCAGCAGGCGGAUUUGUGGGCGCAGGAAGAAGCGGAACCAACCCCGCAUGGGAGGGCACGUCCGCCGCCUCUGCCGCCGCCGCCGCUAUUCUGGCGGAAGCGAAUAGAGACGAGGACCUGGGGGGGAGACGGAGCUACAGCCACAGCUACAACCAAGGCUACGUCCACGCGAGCGCGCAGAGUGCCAGUCAGGCGCACGCGCCAGGGGGAAACAGUCACGCGGCUUCCCGCGUGUCGUCUGCGCGCUCCUCUAUAAGCAGCUCCAGUAACCGCAGCUCGCCGCGGUCCGACGCGACGGACAGAAGCGCGCGCAGAGCGAGGCGGAAAGCGUUUACCGCCAACGGAGCCGGCGUGGGGAACUCCGUCGUUUCCGCGUCCCUGUCCGCGGGCGCGGCGGACAGCGGGGGGAGCUCGGAGGGGAAGCGGAGAGAGAGGCACGGGGGAAGCGCGGAGGCGCACGGGGGGGGAAGGGGGGAGGCGGACGGCGGAGCAGGCGGGGCGGGCGGAGGGGGCGGGGCGGGAGUGGUGGACUGGCGCGGGUGGAAGGUGACGCGGAGGUUGGAGUUUGAGGGGGCGGACUGCGCGCUGAUAAAGGCAUUCCUGGGGGACAGGGACGCGUGGGCGUGUCUGGAGGAGAGUGCAGCGAAUCGAAUCUACAUCUUUGAGUAUCUCAACACUGUUCGGACUUCCCAUCCGGCGCUACUGCAGGUAAACCUACCAGUCAGUGCUGCUGUCGCACAACCUCUCAACGGAAGCUCUCAAGGCGCAGAGGCGGGAGGUGCUGCAGCUGUUUGCAGUGCUGCUGACGGCACAGGACGGGCUACCUACCAGGCGGUCCUGCUGUCCCACGGGCUGACCACGGAAAGCCUCAAGGCACAGAGGCGGGAGGUGCUGCAGCUGUUCGCAGUACUGCUCACGGCACAGGACGGGCUGUGGAAGCUCAAAAAGGGGCAGCUUCUCGACCUCAUAUGCCACUCGGACGCCUGGAGGAAAGCACAAGAAGCACAACAGUCACAAGCAGCACAACAGUCACAACAGGUGCAACAGUCACAACAAGUGCAACCGGCUCAACAAGCACAACAGCCGCAACCAGCACAAGUGGUUCAGAGAGGGGCGGUUGCAGGUGGGGAUGGGCGGAGUGCGGUGGGAGAAAGGGUGGGUGAGGUAACAGGUGGUGCUGCGAGGGAUGUGGUAGCUGGUGGGAUAGCGGCAAGGGGUGUGGCAGCAAUAGCAGAUGCGGCUAUUGUACCUGUGAGAAUGGAGGAGGAGGAUGAGGAUGAGGAGGAGGAGGAGGAUUUGUAUGGAGAGGGGUAUGGAGAGGAGGAAGAGGAGGAAGAUUUGUACGGGGAGGAGAGUGGGGGUGUGGUGGGAGGGGGAGUGAGGGAGGAGGGAGAGGAGAAGGGAAGUGUGGAGGGGAGGGAGGUGAAUGGGGUGAGUGAAGGGGAGGAGGAAGGGGAGAGUGGGGAGGAGAGUGAGGGAGAUGGGGAGAGCAGGGGUGGUGGAGGGAAAGAGGAGGAGGAUGAGGGGGGAGGAAUGGGGGUGCUUAGACUGCCGAGUAUUCGAGUGGGGGAUAUGAGGAAAGUAAUGCUGGAGAAACGAGUACAGCAGGAGUGGGAGGUGCAGCAACAACAGGAGCGGCAACAGCAGCAGCAACAGCAGCAGCAGCAGCAGCAGCAGGAAGGGGAGGGGGAAGGAGAAGGGAUAUUAAGAUUGCCGAGUAUACCCGCCCCUGCCAUCAUCCCUGCUCCUGCCGCUACAGCCGCAUUCACCGCCUCGCUGGCGAGCGGCGCUGCUGCCACGUCUGUAGCGGCAGCCAAGGCUGCUCAAGCACUAGCAGCCUACAAACGCUCCUCCACCCCCCCCAGGAGCCCUGUAGACCACGACACGUGGGAUUCGGGGGAGGAGGAGGAGGGGGAGGGGAGCGGGGGGUGGGGGGGAGCUGUGGGGAGGAAAGGCAGGGCUGCGAGCUAUGGGGGAGUGACUGGUGCGGAGCGAGGGGAAGGGUCAGGGGAAGGUGGGAGAGUGAUAGGGGGAUCGUUAGGUGGGGGGGUUGGGGAGAUGGCAGGAGGGGGACUUGGAGGAGAGUCGGUGAUAAGUGCAGGAGGGGAAGGGAGAGGAGUGAGGGGAGGAGAAGGAGCAGAAGGAGCAGGAGGAGCACGAGUAGACACGCAUGUUCCAGGGGCUAGUGUGGCUGGUGGCAGUGCGGUUGGUGACGGUGUCAUGGAUAGCAGUGCGGUUGGUGGCGGUGCUGCUGGUGGCAGUGCGGUGUGGCAGGGCAAAGAGUGGUUGGGAGGGGUGGAGACGCAGGCAGAAGCAGGUGGAGGAGAGACAGGGGCAGAAGCGGCAGGUGCAGCCGCAGGUGGGGCAAAAGGAGGGGGAGAAGGAGGAGGGGGAGAAGGAAGGGCAGCAGGAGGGGAGGAAGGAAGGGCAGAAGCAGGGGAAGCAGGAGGGGUGUUUGGUGCUGCAGGCACUGCAGAGAGGGGAUGUUUUCCUACCCCUCCUCCCCGCCCCCUUUCCUCCUCCCCGCCCCAUUUCCUCCUCCCCGCCCCCUUUCCUCCUCCCCGCCCCAUUUCCUCCUCCCCGCCCCCUUUCCUCCUCCCCGCCCCCUUUCCUCCUCCCCGCCCCCUUUCCUCCUACCCGCCCCAUUUCCUCCUCCCCGCCCCCUUUCCUCCUCCCCGCCCCCUUUCCUCCUCCCCGCCCCCUUUCCUCCUCCCCGCCCCCUUUCCUCCUCCCCGCCCCCUUUCCUCCUCCCCACCCCCUUUCCUCCUCCCCGCCCCCUUUCCUCCUCCCCGCCCCCUUUCCUCCUACCCGACCUGUCUUUCUCUUCUCCUCUCCCCUCUGCUUUCAGAUUCUCGCAUCUAUCCUUCGGCCACUGCUAUUCUCGCUUCCAUUCUUAAGCCGCUCCCUGGCGUGGCGUGGCUGUCAAAAGAUGAGCUGGUGGGAAUCGUGGCUGCUGAGAGGGUGAGGAGGGAAGGGGAGGAGAGAGAGAGGAUGGAAGAAGAGGAGAGGAGCAGGAGGGAGGGGGAGGAGAGAGGCAGGAGGGAAGAGGAGGAGAGUGAGAGGAAGGAAGAGGAGGAGAAGGAGAGGAAAGAGAAGGAGGAGAGGGAGAGGAGGGAAGAAGAGGAGAGGGAGAGGAGGGAAGAGGAGGAGAGUGAGAGGAGGGAAGAGGAGGAGAGUGAGAGGAAAGAGGAGGAGAGGGAGAGGAGGGAAGAAGAGGAGAGGGAGAGGAGGGAAGAGGAGGAGAGGGAGAGGAGGGAAGUGGAGGAGAGGGAGAGGAGGGAAGAAGAGGAGAGGGAGAGGAGGGAAGAGGAGGAGAGGGAGAGGAGGGAAGUGGAGGAGAGGGAGAGGAGGGAAGUGGAGGAGAGGGAGAGGAGGGAAGUGGAGGAGAGGGAGAGGAGGGAAGAGGAGGAGAGGGAGAGGAGGGAAGCGGAGGAGAGGGUGAGGAGGGAAGUGGAGGAGAGGGAGAGGAGGAAAGUGGAGGAGAGGGAGAGGAGGGAGGGGGAGGAGAGGAACAGGAGGGAAGAGGAGGAGAGGAACAGGAGGGAAGAGGAGAGGAACAGGAGGGAAGAGGAGGAGAGGAACAGGAGGGAAGAGGAGAGGAACAGGAGGGAAGAGGAGGAGAGGAACAGGAGGGAAGAGGAGGAGAGGAACAGGAGGAAAGAGGAGGAGAGGAACAGGAGGGAAGAGGAGGAGAGGAACAGGAGGAAAGAGGAGACCACUGCAGCUGCUUCUGCUGCUCCCGCUGCUCCUCCUCCUGCUCCUGCUGCUCUCCUUUCCACUCAUCCUGUUGCUCUCCUUCCUACUGCUCCUCCUGCUGCUCCUCCUGCCACUGCUCCUCUAGCUGCUACAUUGAUGCACCCUGCUACAGUGGCACAUCCCGCUACAGUGACUCAUCCUGCUACAGUGGCGCACCCUGAUACAGUGGCGCACCCUGAUACAGUGGCGCACCCUGCUACAGUGGCGCACCCUGCUACAGUGGCGCAUCCUGCCACAGUGACGCACCCUGCUACAGUGGCGCAUCCUGCUACAGUGGCACAUCUUGCUACAGUGGCGCAUCCUGCUACAGUGGCGCAUCCUGCUACAGUGACACACCCCAUCAUAGAAGCACAAGCAAUCACCACAGCUUCACACCCACCUGCAAUAGCACCUUCUAUAGUCACAACAUCACACUCAAACGCAAUGGCACCAGCUAUUGUCACAGCUUCGCACUUAACCCCAAUAACACCCAUGACAGCUCCUGCUACAGUCACAGCUCCUUACCCACCUGUGCAAGCACCUGUAUUAGUCACAGCCCCACACUCAACCCCAAUAGCACCUGUUAUAGUCACACCAUCACACCCACCUGCUAUAGUCACAGCUCCACACCCACCAGCUUCUGUACUGAGACCCAAUCCAGCAGGCAGCAUCCACGUCAGCUCUUCCUUUCAUAUCUCUUCUGUUGCUACUUUUGGCAAUGCUGAUCUUGGUGCUGGUGCUGCUGGUACUGGUGCUGUUGCUACAGCCCGACUUGCCCCCAUCAAUGUUAACCCCACCCUGCCUGCACCCGAGCAGCUGAGCUCUUUUCAGGAAGCUUUUCAGAGCGGUGCAGGUGGUGUUGAGAGUGGUGUAAAUGGUAGCACUGAAAACGGCUCCCUUGGCCAAUUAGAGGCUCGGGCACUGGCAGCACUAGAAGACGAUCUUAGCUUCAAUGCCAAGGCUGCGGUUCAGGAGCAACGGGCUGCUGCAGAGGCUCGGGCAGUCCUUGCCGAAGCUGAGGAGCAGCUUCGGCGAGCACAGGCUGCAGUGAACCAAGCCAGGGCUGCUGCCUCAGAGGCAACCCACCGGGCCGAAGCUGCUGCAGCAGAGGCUCGGGAGGAGAUGGGCCAGCUGGCGGAGGCUCGGGAGCAGGUUCGGAGGAAGGCUGAGGAGUGUCGGCGUGCGUGGGACCGCCACAUCAGCAUCGUGCGCCAGCUGGCAGCUGUAUCCCCUGGCGCGUGUGGCAGGAAAUCUUAUUCCAGAAGGCGUAAGGAGGAGUUUGAAGCGGCAGCAAGGAGUUAUGAGGAGUACUUGACGCUGUGGGAGGAGCUGGAGUGCAUGGGGCGAGGGAGCCUGCCAGAAACGCCACAGGCACAAUAA